UACACACUCCACUGCCCUUCCGGCCAAACAAGCCCGGACACGGGAGAGGGAUGAGAGUCGGGGAUGCCUAGCGGCGGGGAGGGAAGGGAUAGGCAAAAGGGAAGAAGAGCGGGCUGUGAUACCCGCUCGACGCCGUCAAACACUGCUCCCCGCGCUCCAGAGCCCGGGGCCCACCCGACGGCAGCGCGCCCCGCCACCGCGCAGCCGCCCCGGUCCCUUCUCCCGCCCGUCUGUAGUAAAACAAUCGCUCUCCCGGCGUCUGCGGCCGCUGCCAGCGGUUCUGACACUGCAGGAAUGCGCGGUCUGGGAAAGGCUCCGCACUCUGGGGAGGGGCACGAGCGGGGUCGGGGAAACUCCAAGAUGAAAGCGUGCAAUAACUACCAAUAUGGAUACCUCGCAGGGCCUGACACUAGUUUCUGGAUAAAAUGCAGGCGAUGGCUGCUGGCGGAUGCCGGCAGACACACUCAAAGACCCUUUUGGACUUUCCGAGUUUCCCAUUCUCCUCUACUGGAGGCUGAGGCGGGCAGGCCCAGCGACGUCUCCCAGCUCCAACUGGGUUCGGACCUCAAGCCAAAAAUGAGGAGGCCGGCAGGAGAGCUUUUCUCGCCCAAAGAUGCUGGGUGGGAGCCGGAUCCAGCUGAAAAAUCUGAGUGAGAAGGUUUCAGGCCCAGGAGGACUUGAGAUAAUACAGGAAAAUUCAAGAGGCUGAAAUGAGAAGGGUCCCUGGAGUCUUGUGAAAAAUUAUUAAUUUAUC